CUUUUUGACUUAAAAUUUUUCAUUAAAUCCCCUUUCGGCAUCUUUUUUUAGAAUAAAUUUUUAGUUCCAAAUUCUAAAUUUAAAAAAAUUCCAAAAAUUGCAAUAAAAUAACAAUAUGGCAAAAACUUUACCAGGUCCUGCUGAUUUGUAUCCUCUGCCACCAACGGUUGGUUAUGAAAAUCAUGAUUUACGUAAACAUCGUUUGCCAAACUAUUCGUUUGGCAUUCGAACAACAUUAAAAGACAAUAGCUGCGGACCUGGUCCUAAUAGAUACAAUGUAUCGAAAUUAGUGCGAUAUGGUGUAAGUAAAGCCAAUAGAUUUACAAUGGCACCGAAAACAUAUUUAGAAGAAAAGGGUAAAAGUCCAGGCCCUAUGGCUUAUCAGCUUAGAGAAUCUCCCAUUUUUAAGGGUUCAAAAUCACCAGAAUUUUCCAUGGGUAAAGUUAAUACAUUUUUCUUUAAAAAUUGUGCUCCUGGUCCCAACAAGUACGGCAUUAAUGAUACCUUCAUCAAGCAUAAGGCUCCUGAGUAUAGCAUUGGUGUUAAAAAAUAUUUGAAGGAAUUAAUACGUUCACCUGGUCCUGCGACAUAUCCGGGCGCGCCAAUGUCUUUAAUACGUCCCGAUAGCCCUAAAUAUACAUUAACGCCUCGCACCGAGUACACUUUUAAAUUAUAUGGACCUGGUUCGAAUUACUAUAAUCGUAUGGAAUAUAAACCUGGUAAACGAGCCCCCACCUACUCUUUCGGAACACGCCAUUCUCCACGUUCCGGUACUAUGAUUGUACCUUGUGAUAAUAUAUAAUUGCCAUAUAUGUACAUUAACAAAUUUCAAUACAUUACACUUUUGGCGCUCUAUUUUUAAGAAGAAAAAUUCAAUAAAACAUUUUUCUUAAAGAAA